CCCAGAUAAUUUUCCAAACUUAAUACCGCCGCUCUAUCUGCCUCCUCACCCGCCCCCUUUUGCCAAUAUUCUCUCCCUUAUACAACGCCAGCCACAAUGUCGACGUUCGGUUCCUACUUCAAGGUCACGACCUACGGCGAGUCUCACGGCAAGUCGGUCGGCGUCAUCGUCGAUGGCGUCCCGCCCGGCAUGGCCCUCACCGAGGCCGACAUUCAGCCCCAGCUGAAUCGCCGCCGUCCCGGCCAGAGCUCCAUCACGACGCCGCGAAACGAAAAGGACCGCGUCGUCAUCCAGAGCGGCACCGAGUUCGGCGUCACCCUCGGCACCCCGAUUGGCAUGCUCGUCCAGAAUGAGGACCAGCGUCCGAAGGAUUACGGCAACUCGACCAUGGACAGGUUCCCCCGUCCCUCCCACGCCGACUGGACCUACCUCGAGAAGUACGGCGUGAAGGCGUCGUCCGGCGGCGGCCGCUCCUCCGCCCGCGAGACCAUCGCUCGCGUCGCCGCUGGCGCCCUCGCUGAGAAGUACCUCCGCGAAGCUUACGGCACCGAGAUCACCGCUUUCACGACCAGCGUCGGCAACUGCCACCUCUUCCCACCGACGCCUGAGCACCCGACCCCGUCGACGAACCCCGGCUUCCUCUCGCUGCUCAACACCAUCGAUCGCGACACCGUCGACCAGUACCUCCCUGUCCGCUGCCCGCACGAAGAGACCAACGAAAAGAUGAUUGACCUCAUCAGCGAGUUCAAAAAGCGCGAGGACAGCAUCGGCGGCACCGUCACCUGCGUCAUCCGCAACCCCCCCUCGGCCCUCGGCGAGCCCUGCUUCGACAAGCUCGAGGCCCAGCUCGCCCACGCCAUGCUCAGCAUCCCCGCCACCAAGGGCUUCGAGAUCGGCUCGGGCUUCGGCGGCUGCGAGAUCCCUGGCUCGCAGCACAACGACGCCUUCAUCAAGGCGCCCGAGGCCGACCUCGCCGCCGACGCCCAGCGCAUGGGCAUCCCGCGGUCCAAACUGACCACCAAGACCAACUACUCGGGUGGCAUCCAGGGCGGUAUCUCCAACGGCGCGCCCAUCUACUUCCGUGUUGCCUUCAAGCCUGCCGCCACCAUCGGCCAGGACCAGACGACGGCCACCUACGACGGUUCCGAGGAGGGCGUUCUGGCAGCCAAGGGCCGUCACGACCCGUGCGUCGUGCCCCGCGCCAUCCCCAUCGUCGAGGCCAUGGCCGCCAUCGUGCUGCUGGACGCGCUCAUGGCGCAACACGCGAGACAAGUGACCAAGAGCCUGCUGCCGCCGAUCAAGAGAGAAAAUGGCAAGGCGUGAGAGGUUGAGGGGUCGGGACGUGUCGUUUUGUAAAUAUGGGCAUUUUCAAAAGCAAAAAAUUCAUGAUAGAUUCCCCUUU